GAGAAGUUGAGUUCUGUCCCUUUGCUUGGAUUUAUUAUUGCGCGUUCCAAAAACACAGCGGGGGGGAAAAUUGAAAAGGGGAAGAGAAACAAAAAACUAACUGCAAAGAAUGCAAGGAAAUAGAUAUAAAUAACACUAUCACAAAUCUCUUAAAUAGAGCUGCUGUGCAUCGUAUCAAAAGCUUACUAUUCGUAAAAGUGCUUUGUGUGUGUGUGUGUGGAUAACUCUAACAAAGGACGAAAGAUUGGAUCCGCCGACCGUGAGCGCAACUUUUCAUUAAUCCAGAUUUGGUGGUUUCUUUUUUGGAAGAGUUCAUACGAAGCCAAUUUUGUUUUUUUUGUUUUCAUUCUUGAGGACCUGGAUUUGUCUAGUUUGUAUUGUGUUUGGUGAUAUUCUUUUAGAUCGGAGUUCAAAGUGACGAAUUUAUUAUCUAUUAACUGGAUCUUCUUCUUAAGCUUUGAAGUUUAAGGGAGAGAACAAAUAUCUUUGAACACUAAAAACGAGUAGGAGUUGUCUCCUUUGAUUUGGAUUACUACAGCCAAGGGCUCUAACUCUACUGAAAAAGUCAGUUUUAAAAAACAACAAACAGUUUCACGUGGAGUUUUUUAUUUAUUUUUUUUUAUUUGAAGGAAAACUAGAGUGCCCUACCCUGCCUCUUCUGUGCAACAUUCAACAGGUGAUUUCUAAGCUUGCUACAGUGUUGCCAAGUGAACUAGAUACAGAUAAGUCAAUUAUAAUGAUGGCAACCACUGAAGCCCCACCAUAAACUCCCUUUCAGUGUCUUGUAAUAAACUUCAGACAUGGAUACUAUAGUCAAAAGAUGAGCAACAGUCCAUUGACCAAGGGCCAUUUAAGGCAGAUGAUGGAAGGGAUCCUGAUUCUUCUGGGAACAUGGUCGGCGCUCACAACUGUCUUUUCCUCUACGUCAGCUUCCUCCAUCAUGUCAAGUUCGCCGUCAACGCCUCUGUCCCCGCCUCCAGUCGCCCAGACAACGCCUGGCGUCGCCAACACCACCGGUCGACUCCAGCAGCUGGGCACCCGCGGGCAGUGGCUCCUCAGGCACAUCGCAUCAAUGACGCUCUCUUGCGGAGUAAAAGAGAUGUCUAACAUGAAGCGUAAGCUGCUGCGUCACUCGGAAGUCACGUGCAAUGACGGGACGCCUGCUGGGUACUACAUCCGGAAAUCACACGGAAGUCAAAGAUGGAUUGUCUUUUUGGAAGGCGGCUGGUACUGCUUUGACCACGUGAGCUGUUCUGAAAGAAGUCGUGUCAUGGGAGACUACAUGAGUUCCAGGAACUGGCCCAAGUUUAGAUCAGGAAGUGGAAUCAUGUCAUGGGAUCCAUUAGAAAAUCCAUAUUAUUUUCAUUCAAAUGUCGUGUAUAUCCCGUACUGCUCAAGUGAUUCCUGGAGUGGGACAAGACCUCGCUCUUCAGCUAUGGAGUUUUCUUUCAUGGGAUCAAGAAUUCUCGACGAAGUCUUCACGGAGCUGCUAAAGAAAGGGUUGAAGCAAGCAAAGACUGUUCUGGUCGCUGGGACAAGUGCUGGUGGAACUGGUGUCCUUAUCAACAUUGACAGAAUAGCUGACAUCAUCCAUGCCAGUGAUCCGAGCAUCGACGUCAGGGGUCUGGUGGAUGCUGGGUGGUUCUUGGAUAAUGAGCCCUUCAGGGCCAAGCACUGCAGAGAUGCAUUCACCUGUUCCCCUAUGGCUGGUAUUCAAAAGGGGGCUCAAGUAUGGGUACCUAGACUCCCUGAAGCUUGUAUAGCUAUUUACCCUAAUGAGAUCUGGAGAUGUUUCUUUGGUCACAGAGUUGUCUCCUCUAUCAAAUCCUCCAUAUAUGUGAUUCAAAACUUGUAUGAUGCCGCCCAGAUCAAAGUAAAUAAUGUUUUUGACGAAAGACCGCGGAGUGAUCUGAGUUCAGAGCAGUGGCGCUAUCUCCUCAGCCUGGGAGAGGAAGUGAAGCAGUCACUACAGAAUGUCACGGCUGUCUUCGCCCCUGCUUGUGUGGCCCACGAGGUGUUAACACAGCCGGAAUGGCAUGCUAUUAGAAUUCAAGGGAUAUCACUCGCUGAAUCUAUUCAUUGCUGGGAGUCUGGCGCACUUACUUCCUCUUGUCUUCAGUCAAAUCUUGAAUCUCUUUUACCUAAAACUGAUCCUCCAUUGUCUGAUGCCCCACCUAGCAGUCAGGGUAAAAGAAAGAAAAGAAAGAAAGGAAAGAAGAACAAGAAAAAGAAAGAGAAGAAAAACAAAGAGGCCAAGAAACGUUACUCUCGUUCGGUGAUGAAACGUUGUCAGCGGAGACUGUUGGAUGAAUGCCCCUGGCCUCACUGCAACUGCUCUUGUGCAAAAUCCAGAUGGGAGACUAUGACAGAGGUCAACAGUUAUUUUUUAAAGACAUUAGCGGCAGUCAUGGGCAUUGACCCGUCCAAGAUGGCAAACAGCCGGUUAUGUGGUUCCUAGAACAAGAAGAUAUCUGAAGCUAGACUUGUGAUUCAUGCAGAGUUAAUGGAGUCAUUGUGUCAUUCAGUGGAGGAUCUAAACCCUAAGUUUCUCAUGUGGAAAAAUAAAAAAAAAAGCUUUAAAAAGCAUGAUUUUUAUGAGCAAACUAAAUUUAAGUAAAAAUGGAAAAACAAAAAAAAUGAAGAAAAUUCAGUUUUCUAUACUUAUUUAUAUGAUGAAGAAUUUUCUAUUGGUUGAAAAUGGAUUUUAAAAACUGAUAUUUGAUGAUUUGAUGUCAUCAGUAAUAUUGAUAUUAAGAAACUUGUUUCAUCCUGAUGAAGCUGGUGGAAUUCUGAGUAGUUAACAAAAGGAUGAUUCAGAACAGUUCCUAAAGUCAUCUAGUGGUGUUGGCGAUACCACAAACUAUUUGUAUGUUUCUUUUAAAACAUUGUCAAGGUUUUAUUUUUAUAAGCACAUUUCUGAUGGAGUCUUGGAGAAAAAACAUUGACUGAUAACUUCUGUGCUAUUUCAAACUGGGCGCAAUUGCUAACUAUACACAAAGCAAGCUAUGUAUUCAUUAAUGACAAAUUGUUAUUGUCAAGUCAGUAUAAUGUAAACAUUGGCAUAUACUGGAAUAUUAUAAAGUAUUAAAUGCAUUAUGAGUAUUGUAUUACAAAUGGGAAAUUAAAAAUAUGAAUCGAAUAUCUGGACCUAGUAAUGAUAUCAAAUGGCUGGAUGUUGAAAGAUUUUAGUUUGACUAUAGAUUCACUAGAAAGAAUGAGGAGAAAAAAGAAAAAUAUUAUACCCAGAUCAAAUAAAUGUUCUCGUCACAUACAUUUAGUCCCAGCUAAAACCUGACGUAUUAAAUUUAUAUACUGUAAAUGUAUAAGAAGUUAUAUUCUAGUUUUUUCUUUUGCUAAUAUAUGGCAAAGUGUUUGACAACGCCAUAUAGGGAUAAUUUAUGAUAAGCCUUUAUCUAUGAUAUUUCAGAAACAUAUUAUGACUAGUCCAGUUUAUUGCCAUUCUAUAGGCAGUGACUAAUUCAAACUAAUAACAGGACCACUGCCAUCUUCUUGACAAUCUAUUGUUUUAUUUUUGAUCCCCUAAUUCAUUUCAAUGACAGUGAUGUCCCCUGGCUUACCAAUUCCUGCCUCUGUUCAAGUAGUGUCCCUUGGACUACCAAUGUCUACCUCUGUUCAGUUAAAAUAAAAGUUUUUCUACCUAAACUUUCUCCAAAUGAAACAAAAGUUGUCUAUUUUAUCUUAUUCAUUCUACCUCAUUAAUGAUUUGCAAUUCCAUUUAAUUGAUAAUUAUUAAUCAACAAUUUUACACGCAAUGAUAUAUGUAUAAUGGUAUCUUUCUAUAUAUAUAUAUAAGCUUUGCUUUGUUUAUAUGUAUAUUUGUAUGUGAACUAGAAGUUAUGAAUGUUUCAUGUGCAAUGACUAUGUUGUUUUACUAGUUUUAAUCUGUGUAUGGAUCUAUUGAUUUUCAUGAUUUAGUUAACUCUUUCUCUCCGUAAUUAUUUACCACGUUCUGGUGGAAUCAACACUGGUAUCGUCAUUUAGGAGAGAAAGAGUUCAUAUGCAUCUCUUUGAAGUGUAAGAGACAUAUUUUGCAAAAUGGCACCUAGAUUGAAUUAAAACAGGUUUUCUGAAUCUGCAUAAAUAUCUCAAAGCAAUGAAAUAAGACUGAUUCAAACAUAACUAAAUUUUGGAUGUAGACAGUUUUUUUUUAUCUGUUGAAUAAGAAGCACAUCUAAUGGUAUAAGAAAAAAAAAGAGGGGGAGGGAGAUUGACAGAAGGGGUGGAGCUUUGGGUGGAGCUUUGACUAGGAACAUAUUUAAACUGGAAAAAGAUGUUUAGAGAUAGCUAAUGUUAAAAUGGGACUUGAUGGCUCAGUGGAAAAGUGCUUAGAUUUCAAAGCAAGGCAUCUGAAGUUCAAAUUCUGGUACAAUUUUGAAUGUCACGAUUCUUGGGACUCCCUGAGUUCCCCAAACCCAUGAACUGUUGGAUUUAAUGGGAACCUGAAUAACGAUGGCGAAGUAAAGGCUGUCGGUCAUUGUCCUGGCCCAUUGACGCCCUAGUUAACCGUCAGCCAUUGAAACAGAUGAGUUUUAGUUCACCAGCCCCUUUUAUCUCAAACAGAUAGGCAAGUAGCCUUAAUAUACUUUUAACAUUGAAUAGAUUUACUUUAACAUGUGCGAGAACAGUUAUAGAGAGAGGAGGUAAGAAAGGAGAGAUAUAAA